CCCAGAAGUAGAUCACCAAAGGCAAGACUAGAGGCAUUACUCAAGAAGAGAUGGCUCUCCUGGAGAACUCAUUGGUCCACCCAGAGAAAUUCUACAUUUCAAAAGAGUUGGGCUUUAUUUUGGAAGGUCCAUUGGAGGAACUGCCUCAACCCUAUCAGGUCUGGGUGGAGCUUGCAAAAAAUCUUCCCUUUCUGAUUGAGAAUGGCCAAUUUCGGAAAGAAGUUGAAAAGACACUGCCAGAACUUAGUAUUAGUCAACUCCAGGGAUACAAGGAACUGCGCCUUGCACACCUUGCACUGGCCGUUAUCACCAUGGGCUAUGUAUGGGAAGAAGGAAAGGCCAUGGAGGUGCUGCCCAGGAAAAUUGCUGUCCCUUUCUGUGAAAUCUCAAAGCAACUUGGAUUGCCUCCAAUAAUGGUGUAUGCAGACUGUGUUUUGGCAAACUGGAAGAUAAAGAAUUCCGCACGGCCCAUGACUUAUGACAACAUGGACACUCUCUUUGCAUUUCCUGGUGGGGAUUGCAGCAAAGGAUUCUUCCUAGUUUCUUUACUGGUUGAAAAAGCAGCUGCUUCUGCAAUCAGGGUAAUUCCAGAUAUAUUUGAAGCAAUCAAAAGUGAGAACCUGGAGUCUCUGAAAGAAUGUCUCCAUUCUGUGGCCUCCUCUGUUCGCGAGGCAAUUGAAGUGUUCGACCUUGUUCACAAACAUGUGAAUCCUGAUGACUUUUACAAUACUCUUCGCACCUACUUGUCUGGCUGGAAGAAUAAUCCAUUGUUGCCAAAAGGCUUGGUGUAUGAAGGGGUGUGGGAGACACCCAAGAUGUUCUGUGGGGGAAGUGCUGCCCAAAGCAGCAUCAUGCAGUGUUUUGAUGCCCUGCUGGGGAUCCAACACGGCACAGCAAGGGAGAAAUCCAGUGCUAAAUUCCUCGAGGAAAUGAGGAGCUACAUGCCAUCAUCUCACAAGGACUUUCUUGACGAAGUUAUCUCUCGCCCAUCUGUUAGAGAUUUCAUCAUCUCCAGCGAUGAUACCAAGCUGAAGAAGGAAUAUAAUGAAUGUAUAAAGGCUCUAGUUGAUCUCAGGAGCUAUCACCUUAAAGUGGUAGCCAAGUAUAUCAUAAAUCCAUCAAACAAUGCAAAUGGAAAGAAAUCAUCAGAUAAUAAAGAGAGAGGGACAGGUGGCACAAACUUAAUGACUUUCCUUAAGACUGUAAGGGACACAACUAAGGAAGCCCUUUUGGAAGAGAGCUAAUGGAAUACAAUAUUAUUAUUAUUCUUCACGCAACAUGUAGUUAUUAAGCUCAUAUUCUGUGUCAGACACUAGGCUAAGCAUACUGAUACAAAGAAUGAAACAAUUUCUGUUCUCAAUAAGGUUAUAUUACAUUCUACUUAAUUGUUCAGUUGAUAAUCUAUUAAUCAACUUAUCAAUGAGUAAGCAUUAAUUAAGCACUUUAUUAUGAAUAAGUUAUGUGGAUACAAAAAACUGUGAAAAAACUAUCCUUUGUAUGUUGACAAAUGCAAAGCACCCUCCAAAGAAAGAAAUGAAGGAAUUUGAAUGCAGAUAGAAGCUGGGUUUUUUUUUUUUACUUUAUUUUUCUUGUUUGUUUGGGUGUUUUUUAAAGUCUGUUUUCUUUUGCACCAUGGCUAAUAAGAAAUGUAUUUUGUAUGAUUGAAAAGAAAACACAAAAAACUGUCCUUGACCUCAGGGAUUACAUUACAUAUAGAGAAGAUUACAUGGGUUUUCAUGUAGUGUCUUCCUCUGUGAAUUCUAAGGAAUCCUUAUAAUAAGACAUCCUCCUUAAAUGAUCACAAGGAAAAAUGCUUUGUUUUG